AUGAGCCAGCAGCCAGUGACCAGGGAAAGGGCAAAUAAACAACUAAACGUUCAAAGGAGGGGGCUGGGGAAAGCCGCCCCCCCCCCACUCCCGCGCGUUUCCGCGGCAACGGGGCGUCGCCGCAGCGCCUCGUGUUGCCACAGCAACGGGCCAGGCCUUCCGCCGCCGGCCGGAAGUGGCGGUGCGCGCGGCAGCAUGGCGGCGGCGCCGCCGGCGGCCUCGGCUCUCACGCUGCUGCUGUCGCUCGGCGCGUCCGUGCCCGGGCUGCUGCGGGGAGCUGCCGUCGCCCGCUCCGCUGCCUCGCUGCGGCCCGCCGCCCUGCGAGCGGGGGAAGUUCACAGGUUGGUUACCUACAUCUUUGUCUAUGAAGACCUGAUCUCCUUGACCUGUGGGGCCAUUAUCAUCUGGUAUUUUGCCAGCAGCUUCGAGAGGAACGUUGGCACCGUGAAGCACUGCUUCCUCACCCUUGCCUUUGCCAUCCUCUCUGCCCUCCUCUACCUCAUACUUGAGACUGUUGUCUCGAGGGUGUCAGAGGUGGAAGAUGCCCAAGGGUUCAUGCCAGUGGCUUUUGCUACGUUGGGUGUAUCCAGUACCCGCUCACGGAUGAAGAGGACUCUGGUUUUGGGGUGUAGAGUUCCAGUGGUGCUGCUGCCAUGGUUUAUGCUCUGCAUAGCAUGGUUUAUCCCCCACUCUUCUCUGCUGAGUAACCUGUGUGGGCUCCUGGCUGGGGAAGCCUAUGGUCUUGGCUACUGUUGCUGCUUGGAUUUUCCAGAGUCAGUGGGCUCUAGGCUGGACCAAGUGUUCCCUUUCAGUCUGCUAAAGAGGAUCCCAGGGCUGAAAUACAUCCCAGGCUCUUUAGCAGAGAGAAGAACCUUUGAAAGCAGCAAGAUUAACCCUGCACCAGGAGCCUACCCCACCCAAAGCUACUCCUUUCCACCUCCGGCUCUUCCUGCUUUCCAGACCCAGCACCCCAAUGCUCAGAGCCAGGGGUUCCAACACAGCUGCACUCCAGGAUAUGGCUGUGCUGUGGGACACAAGGGACCUCAGCAGGGCCAUGCUACAGGACACAGCCUCUCUCGUUCCCCCUCCCAAGCCAGAGGUGCCUUUGGGGAGUGUGCUGUGCAGGCCCACGCUGCAGCCUGGCCUGGGCAGUGCCAGCCAGGCAAGUUCUCUCCUCCACAGCGUGUGUGCCCAACAGAUCCUCAGACACCCACAGGCCUGGCCUCCCUAGUUGGGAUUCAGCAAGCAUCAGGGUACCCAGCAGCCACAGUGGCUCCUGUUUCAGCUGAAUUUUCAAGAGUCCAGGUGUACUGAUCCUCCAGGUAGCAGCAGGUCCUUCCUCCUGUGGCAGGACCACUGUGUGAUGCUCAGGCAGCAGUGCCUUGCUGCCAUCCUCGCAGUGGAAUGAGCUGCUUGCUCCAAUGCAGGCCAUUCCCCUGCUCCCUGGCUACUUGAAUUACAUUCCCUUUCUGAUGUUUUCAUUGUUACUUUUUACUUCUUGAUAUUGCUCAGGGCUGGGGACUCUCACCUCUCUGUGCUUCUCAUCCUUUUGGGGUCUUUUUUUCCCCAGUGUAUUUAGCAGCUGCCUUUUUCCACACUGCCACUAGAAUUACAGCUCAUCAGCUCCCUGAGACCCAAACUGUCAAAACACUGGACUAAUCUGGGCUUUAACUAGGCUGCAGCAAUAAGGCCAUGUCCUGUCUACACUGAAGCUCUUAGCUUUCCAUCUUGCUUACAGGUGUUAUGUAGCAAGGACCCAAAAGAGGUUGAAAUCAUGGAAGCCUUAGAUGAUAAAUUAACACCUGAGUGGAGGAGGACAGAUUGUUCUACUAGUGACUUCUCCACUAAGUGUGCCUUGAAGGGGGCUUUGUUAAACCAGGGCUGGGGAAAGAGGACAGAAUACACAGUGUACUUUUCUACCCCCUAAAACACAGCUUGAAAAUGCUGAAGAUCUUUCUCAGCUGUAGUCUGUGCAUGCAUCAACAUGCUGCCUUCAUGUUCUGAGAGCACUGCACUGCUCUGCCUGUUGCCAGUGCCUGUGGAAAAGGCAACCUCAGCUGCAUGCAAAGUAGUGGCAGACUCCUCAGUGAAUGAUUUUGGCCAUUUGUGGAGCAAAUACAUAUAAAUUCCAGGAGCCUGGGAGGAACCUCAGCAGUGGCUGCUAAUAAUUAACUGGAAUGUAGCAAUGCCAUUGGGGGUGUGCACACUGCUCAGCUUUAGAUGUCUUGCCCACCAAUAUUAGCACAGUCUCUCUGUUUUCUUCAGAGCUGGUGAAAAGAUGUGUGGGAGAGGGGAGUUUUCAGCAAGGGAUACAGAGGAGGGUGCAAUGUUUGGUGCCUGUGGCAGUAGUGGAGAAGUUUGGUCGAGUAGCUGGGAGCUGUGCUGUAUUUCCAGCUGUGUAGCUGCUUUACUCUGCCAUGCCCAGGAAGAAUCUGCUACUCUUGUGUCCAGGAUCUCAACUAUUGCCCUUGACUCUGCUUAGAGUUUGUUGUGCUAAAAACAGAGUGCCAUUACUGCUCUUGGAGAAGUUCUUGCAGUGCCUAACCUGUGCCCCUGAAACCACAACAGCCUCAGGGCUCUUCCAUGCUGUGAGCAAGCUGGAGUCACAAGCUGAGUGCUCCAAACCACACACACGUGUUUCUUUUUCCCUUCUUCAGUGUUUCAGUGAGCAGCUCUGCUCCCAAAAGUGGGCACCCCUGGGCAGGGGCUGUCUGAGCUUGAGCCUGGAGUUGGCAGCCUGCUGCAUCUCGUCCCUGGUUGUUUCACUCCUCCAAGGGAUAUCACAGGCUUUGUGGUCCUGUUUUUCCUGAGCUGCUGACAGCAGUUGCAUUUGUUAUGUGUUUAGUGCAGAGCAAGAACAGGCUGAGGUGCUUGUUUGGAACUUAAAAGCAUGUUUUCAAUACUGUGAAGGAAAUGACAGAGAUAACAUUGAAAUGUUGAUACUCCACUCUCAGUAGUGCCUUGAUUUUCCUCCUUGUGAGAGCCUCAUCUGGAAACCUAAGAAUUUGAUCUGUUUUUUCCAGAAAGGAUUGGUAGCAACC